AGGAGAAUAUGAGGGGAACUUUCUGUAAAGCAAAAAAAAAGUAUUUUUUGAAGUAUUUUUCACACAUUUUUCAUAUAUACUCAUAAUGCCAUGUAAGUAAUCAUGUGUAUCGUUUUUUCUCUCAUUUUGAUCACAGAAGGUUUAUGUCUUUUUGAAAAUAAAUGUUGAAAUGAAGUUUAGAUUGAUGUUGCUCCUUCAACUUCUUUCUGUCUUGCAUUAUUUUGAAACUGUACCUGCUGACCUGUAAAAGUUUAAUACAGAAUUUGCACAAAUAUAUUCUUGAUUUUACUGAACAUUUUGUCUUUUUUACUGUGUAGCAUGCUGUUAUGUUCAUCACACUCCCCAGCACCUGGAGUCAGCAGCCCAUGUUCAACUCAAUAUGUAAAUUGGGACAUUUUACAGUCGGUUACUUUCUGAGUCUAUUAUUACCAGACUUGAGAACUAAAACCUUCGCCAAAGUCAUGAGAAGUCAUGUGAUAAUGUAUGUAAAGUGAUAUGAGAUAUUUAAAUGUGUGCUCUGUUUCUCUUACUGGCCUAACCACACCUCACACCUGGUGUCUGUGACACUCCGUUGCUCAUUGCAUCGUUUCACUUCUGUAUUUUGGUACUUUUUUGAGACCUGGGUGUUACUCAAUGCUUCCGCUUGCUGCUGGUCCUGAUCACUCUGCCCUAUCAUGCUCAACAUCUGUGCAACAGAAUUCUGAGCCACAUCUCACCUGACUCUGCAGCUCUGCAACACAAACAACUAGACAACUCUGCCACCUAGCCUAAAUACAAACACACUGCACUUAGACAUGAGACUAAAUGGUUGAUUACUUACCAGAUUCUGAAGCUCCACGGAUUGUCCCACCAAAAAUCACACUGCAGCCUGUUUGGGAAGGUGAAGUUGGGAACUCACAAGUCCGACUCAUCUGCACCUUAAGUGACUUCUUUCCAGACAAAGUGAGUGUGGAGUGGCAAAGGGACAGUCAACGUAUCAACAUUACACCUGUCUCAAAGAAGCUGCAGAGUGUGGAGGCAGGCGAGAAAACCUACACUUUGACCAGCGAGAUUGAGCCAAAUACGAAAGAAUGGGAGAAAGGCUCUAGUUUCACAUGCAAGUCCACGCACAAAGAACAGGAAUUCAGCAAAACAUUCAGUAUCUGUCAAACUCAUUCAAGCGUCCCUCCAUCCAUCCAUGUGGAGAUUCCCAGCUUCAAGACUGUAAUUUCAACAUCUGAGGUGACAGCAACAUGUUUGGUUCACACUGUUUUUGAUGCCAAGGUCACCUGGAUGUUGGAUGGAAGAGCCUCAAGUAGCAACACAGUGAGCAAGGACAGAAACACAACUCAUGUCACCAGUAAUGUGAGGGUUUCCUCCAAUCAGUGGAAGCAACUGAGGCAUGUGACCUGCAAAGCAGAACAUAAGUGCUUCUCUCCCACUGAGAAGACAGUAAAUGUUGCAGGACCUGAAGUUGCAACUCCAUCUGUGGAGAUCAGGAGAUCUCUUCCAGAUUUGUUGAAGGGAGACGGUGCUGUUCUCCAGUGUGACAUCACAAAUCUCUCCUCACGUGACCUCUACGUCACCUUUCAGGCCAAUGAUGUCGACAUCUCUGACAAACAAUAUGUAGAACUUCCUGAAGGCCCAGGCCUCCAGUCAGUCAGCAGACGCUUCACUGUCCCUCAGAGUCACCAGAGGAAAGACAAAAGUUUCACCUGCAAAGUCAAUCAAGGCUUCGUCAGAAGCUUUAAGUCUGAUUCCACUGGCAAUAUUUUUGUGGACCCAUCAGUGGAACUUCUUCUGGCUCCCAGUGAAGAUUCAGGACCUCAGACACUCUUGUGCUCUGGAUGGGGCUUCAACCCUCAAAUUAAAUGGGUUUCUGAAUCACGGCAAAGAUCUCCAUCAACUCAUGAUAUCAGCAUGUCUGCAGAUGGACGUGUGGCAGUAACCAGUCAACUCCACAUCCCUCAGGCAGAGUGGACAUCAGGGAAGGUCUUCACUUGUGAAGUGUCUGACAGGUCUCUGAACAAAAAAGUCCAAAAGGAAAUCAACUUCUGCUCAGCUCAUUCAAGCGUCCCUCCAUCCAUCCAUGUGGAGACUCCCAGCUUCAAGACUGUAAUUUCAACAUCUGAGGUGACAGCAACAUGUUUGGUUCACACUGUUUUUGAUGCCAAGGUCACCUGGAUGUUGGAUGGAAGAGCCUCAAGUAGCAACACAGUGAGCAAGGACAGAAACACAACUCAUGUCACCAGUAAUGUGAGGGUUUCCUCCAAUCAGUGGAAGCAACUGAGGCAUGUGACCUGCAAAGCAGAACAUAAGUGCUUCUCUCCCACUGAGAAGACAGUAAAUGUUGCAGGACCUGAAGUUGCAACUCCAUCUGUGGAGAUCAGGAGAUCUCUUCCAGAUUUGUUGAAGGGAGACGGUGCUGUUCUCCAGUGUGACAUCACAAAUCUCUCCUCACGUGACCUCUACGUCACCUUUCAGGCCAAUGAUGUCGACAUCUCUGACAAACAAUAUGUAGAACUUCCUGAAGGCCCAGGCCUCCAGUCAGUCAGCAGACGCUUCACUGUCCCUCAGAGUCACCAGAGGAAAGACAAAAGUUUCACCUGCAAAGUCAAUCAAGGCUUCGUCAGAAGCUUUAAGUCUGAUUCCACUGGCAAUAUUUUUGUGGACCCAUCAGUGGAACUUCUUCUGGCUCCCAGUGAAGAUUCAGGACCUCAGACACUCUUGUGCUCUGGAUGGGGCUUCAACCCUCAAAUUAAAUGGGUUUCUGAAUCACAGCAAAGAUCUCCAUCAACUCAUGAUAUCAGCAUGUCUGCAGAUGGACGUGUGGCAGUAACCAGUCAACUCCACAUCCCUCAGGCAGAGUGGACAUCAGGGAAGGUCUUCACUUGUGAAGUGUCUGACAGGUCUCUGAACAAAAAAGUCCAAAAGGAAAUCAACUUCUGCUCAGCUCAUUCAAGCGUCCCUCCAUCCAUCCAUGUGGAGACUCCCAGCUUCAAGACUGUAAUUUCAACAUCUGAGGUGACAGCAACAUGUUUGGUUCACACUGUUUUUGAUGCCAAGGUCACCUGGAUGUUGGAUGGAAGAGCCUCAAGUAGCAACACAGUGAGCAAGGACAGAAACACAACUCAUGUCACCAGUAAUGUGAGGGUUUCCUCCAAUCAGUGGAAGCAACUGAGGCAUGUGACCUGCAAAGCAGAACAUAAGUGCUUCUCUCCCACUGAGAAGACAGUAAAUGUUGCAGGACCUGAAGUUGCAACUCCAUCUGUGGAGAUCAGGAGAUCUCUUCCAGAUUUGUUGAAGGGAGACGGUGCUGUUCUCCAGUGUGACAUCACAAAUCUCUCCUCACGUGACCUCUACGUCACCUUUCAGGCCAAUGAUGUCGACAUCUCUGACAAACAAUAUGUAGAACUUCCUGAAGGCCCAGGCCUCCAGUCAGUCAGCAGACGCUUCACUGUCCCUCAGAGUCACCAGAGGAAAGACAAAAGUUUCACCUGCAAAGUCAAUCAAGGCUUCGUCAGAAGCUUUAAGUCUGAUUCCACUGGCAAUAUUUUUGUGGACCCAUCAGUGGAACUUCUUCUGGCUCCCAGUGAAGAUUCAGGACCUCAGACACUCUUGUGCUCUGGAUGGGGCUUCAACCCUCAAAUUAAAUGGGUUUCUGAAUCACAGCAAAGAUCUCCAUCAACUCAUGAUAUCAGCAUGUCUGCAGAUGGACGUGUGGCAGUAACCAGUCAACUCCACAUCCCUCAGGCAGAGUGGACAUCAGGGAAGGUCUUCACUUGUGAAGUGUCUGACAGGUCUCUGAACAAAAAAGUCCAAAAGGAAAUCAACUUCUGCUCAGCUCAUUCAAGCGUCCCUCCAUCCAUCCAUGUGGAGACUCCCAGCUUCAAGACUGUAAUUUCAACAUCUGAGGUGACAGCAACAUGUUUGGUUCACACUGUUUUUGAUGCCAAGGUCACCUGGAUGUUGGAUGGAAGAGCCUCAAGUAGCAACACAGUGAGCAAGGACAGAAACACAACUCAUGUCACCAGUAAUGUGAGGGUUUCCUCCAAUCAGUGGAAGCAACUGAGGCAUGUGACCUGCAAAGCAGAACAUAAGUGCUUCUCUCCCACUGAGAAGACAGUAAAUGUUGCAGGACCUGAAGUUGCAACUCCAUCUGUGGAGAUCAGGAGAUCUCUUCCAGAUUUGUUGAAGGGAGACGGUGCUGUUCUCCAGUGUGACAUCACAAAUCUCUCCUCACGUGACCUCUACGUCACCUUUCAGGCCAAUGAUGUCGACAUCUCUGACAAACAAUAUGUAGAACUUCCUGAAGGCCCAGGCCUCCAGUCAGUCAGCAGACGCUUCACUGUCCCUCAGAGUCACCAGAGGAAAGACAAAAGUUUCACCUGCAAAGUCAAUCAAGGCUUCGUCAGAAGCUUUAAGUCUGAUUCCACUGGCAAUAUUUUUGUGGACCCAUCAGUGGAACUUCUUCUGGCUCCCAGUGAAGAUUCAGAACCUCAGACACUCUUGUGCUCUGGAUGGGGCUUCAACCCUCAAAUUAAAUGGGUUUCUGAAUCACGGCAAAGAUCUCCAUCAACUCAUGAUAUCAGCAUGUCUGCAGAUGGACGUGUGGCAGUAACCAGUCAACUCCACAUCCCUCAGGCAGAGUGGACAUCAGGGAAGGUCUUCACUUGUGAAGUGUCUGACAGGUCUCUGAACAAAAAAGUCCAAAAGGAAAUCAACUUCUGCUCAGCUCAUUCAAGCGUCCCUCCAUCCAUCCAUGUGGAGACUCCCAGCUUCAAGACUGUAAUUUCAACAUCUGAGGUGACAGCAACAUGUUUGGUUCACACUGUUUUUGAUGCCAAGGUCACCUGGAUGUUGGAUGGAAGAGCCUCAAGUAGCAACACAGUGAGCAAGGACAGAAACACAACUCAUAUCACCAGUAAUGUGAGGGUUUCCUCCAAUCAGUGGAAGCAACUGAGGCAUGUGACCUGCAAAGCAGAACAUAAGUGCUUCUCUCCCACUGAGAAGACAGUAAAUGUUGCAGGACCUGAAGUUGCAACUCCAUCUGUGGAGAUCAGGAGAUCUCUUCCAGAUUUGUUGAAGGGAGACGGUGCUGUUCUCCAGUGUGACAUCACAAAUCUCUCCUCACGUGACCUCUACGUCACCUUUCAGGCCAAUGAUGUCGACAUCUCUGACAAACAAUAUGUAGAACUUCCUGAAGGCCCAGGCCUCCAGUCAGUCAGCAGACGCUUCACUGUCCCUCAGAAUCACCAGAAGAAAGACAAAAGUUUCACCUGCAAAGUCAAUCAAGGCUUCGUCAGAAGCUUUAAGUCUGAUUCCACUGGCAAUAUUUUUGUGGACCCAUCAGUGGAACUUCUUCUGGCUCCCAGUGAAGAUUCAGGACCUCAGACACUCUUGUGCUCUGGAUGGGGCUUCAACCCUCAAAUUAAAUGGGUUUCUGAAUCACGGCAAAGAUCUCCAUCAACUCAUGAUAUCAGCAUGUCUGCAGAUGGACGUGUGGCAGUAACCAGUCAACUCCACAUCCCUCAGGCAGAGUGGACAUCAGGGAAGGUCUUCACUUGUGAAGUGUCUGACAGGUCUCUGAACAAAAAAGUCCAAAAGGAAAUCAACUUCUGCUCAGUAACACCAGCAUCCUCUCAGAUAGUUGGCGUCUAUGUUCAGGGACCAACACUACAGCAGCUUCUAAACAAGGCACAGGUGACUGUUACCUGUCUCCUGGUCGGCUCUCGUCUUAAUGAUUUCUCUGUCACCUGGAAAGUAGGUGGUAAUAAAAACUUCCCCCAUAAAGUCCAUACGGAGUCACCGGUGAGUCACAGCAAUGGAACAGAGACUUUGCAGAGCUUCCUCAACGUGUCAGCAGAGGACUGGCAUGCAUAUAAACAAGUUUCUUGUGAAGGAAAGCAUCAAUGUGCCAACCAGGGCUAUGAAGACCAUAUCAGCAAAAGCAGAGACAUGUUUCCGCCAACGGUGAAAAUAGUGCAACCAACUGCAUCUGAGCUGUCCAUGUCUGACGUCCUCACACUGGUUUGCCUGGUUUCUGGAUUUUUCCCAUCUAACAUCAUAGUGUAUUGGGUGGAGGAUGGUCAGAAACUCCUGUCGUCUCGUUACAUCAACAGUCCUGCCUGGAAACACACAGAGAGCAACUCUUAUUCAAUGAGCAGCCGACUGAAUGUACCCAGAAGUGUGGACAAAAGGUCGACGUAUUCUUGUGUUGUCAGACAUGAGUCAUCUGAAUCAGCGUUUGAAAGCACUAUAGAUGAUGUGUUUGCCUCAGUGACCUACAGCGAACCUUCAGCCUUUUUGCUCCAGGGCUCCAAUGAACUCGUGUGCCUGGUCUCUGGCUUCAGCCCAGCGUCCAUUAACAUCACCUGGUUACGUGAUAAUAACACAGAGCUGUGGAACUAUGACACCAGCGAGCCCCACAGAGGCCCAGAUGGAAAGUUCAGCGUCCAAAGCCACCUUCGUCUGUCCCAAGUCGACUCCUUACCUGGAGUGGUUCUCACCUGCAGGGUGACACAUGGAAACACCAGCCUGUCCCUGAAUAUAUCCAAACCAGACACAUUGGAACACAAUGAUUUCUUAGAUGACGCCCUGCGUGGUGAUAUAUACGAUGGUACUGGUGUGGAAAGCUGGUAUAUGGCUUUUAUUUUCAGUCUUUUAUUCCUCCUCUCCGUCAUCUAUGGUGUCAUAGUGACCUUAAUUAAGACAAAAUGAUGAUGACCACAGGAAAGAUCCCAUUUUACGACCCAAAUACUGGCUUUUAAUGAUUUAUUUUAAAGCAUAAUGACUUGCAUUAUUAUGUUUUAUGUUACAGGUUUAUAAUAUCCAUUUCUUUUGGGGGUUUAUUUCUGCAUUUUGUGUGUAUGUAAGAGGAAGUGCAACAAAAAUAAAUUUAAAAAAAUGAAUAAAUAUAAGAAUUAAAAUUGUAA